AUGGAGCUGCAGGACGCGGGCGGCGUGGUGCUGACCGCCUACCACCCGCGCGGCCGCGCGCAGCCCCCCAGCGCCGCCAGCCACCCCGGGCUCAGGUAAGACCCCUCCGGGCCCCGGGCGCUGGCUUUUCACCCCCUAGAUAGAAAAUCCAUUCCUUGCUGCCAAAGAAGUAACAGAAUGCUCUCCGAUGACACUUUACGUCCUCCAGCCUUCAGCCGCUCCAACUCAGAAGCCUCUGUGGACAGCGUGUCCAUGGAGGACUUCUGGAGGGAAAUAGAAAGUCUUAAAGAGAGCUGCCUGGGGAGCCAGGAGGAGCAGACCCCCACAGAGCUCAGGCCUGCGGAUGAAGGAGAACUUGAAGCAGAAUGGUUGCAAGAUGUGGGUUUAUCAACCCUGAUCUCAGGUGAUGAAGAGGAGGAUGGAAAGGCCUUGCUGUCUACAUUGACACGAACCCAAGCUGCUGCAGUCAAAAAGAGAUAUAAUACCUAUACACAGACCAUGAGGAAAAAGAAUAAGCAGGCUGUCAGGGAUGUCAGGGACAUCUUUGGAGUCAGUGAAGCCUCUCCAGAUAAUACUUAUGACAAUGAUACUACUCAGUUGGAUAAUGCACGAGAAGUAAAAGAGAUGCCAACUAUUGUCAAAACAAGUGCUCCCACGCCCCAUGAUGCAUCUCUCAGCGGUAUUACUCUGUCAGAUGGGCCCCCAGAUGAAAAGGGGAGCGUGGCAGAUCCUGGAGGCAGCUCUUUGUCUAUAUUUGAGACUAUACCAGAUCUGUCCGUUCAUCCCAAUGGAUUAUCAGUUCCUGGAGAGAAGCCAGCUCAAAAUGCAGUGAGUGAUGAUCAUUAUCUAGAAAAGAACACUCCAUCAGAAGCUGAAGAACUGUCUUUUGAAAUAUCCUAUUCAGAAAUGGUUACAGAAGCUCCAAAAACAAAUAAAUUAAAAAAAUCAGUGAUUAAGAAAGAAGAUUUUACUUUGACUAAAUUUAUUGUUAAGAAAACUAGAUUAGGAUUAACGGAAGCAGGAGACUUAUCUGCUGAGGACAUGAAGAAAGUCCGCCGUCUCUCUCUAAUUGAAUUAACUGCCUUUUUUGACGCCUUUGGUAUUCCCCUGAAAAGAUACAAGACAGAAAAAGUCAAAGGGAGAGACAAUGGCAUUUUUGGAGUUCCGCUCACAGUCCUGUUGGACAAUGAUCGAAAAAAGGACUCUGGAGUCAAAGUGCCCCUGGUGUUACAAAAAUUUUUUGAGAAAGUUGAGGAAUCGGGACUGGAGUCUGAAGGAAUUUUCCGACUCUCAGGAUGUACUGCCAAAGUCAAGCAAUACCGCGAAGAACUGGAUGCCAAGUUUAAUGCUGAUAAAUUUAAGUGGGACAAAAUGUGCCAUAGAGAAGCUGCAGUGAUGUUGAAGGCAUUUUUCAGAGAACUACCCACAUCUCUUUUCCCUGUGGAAUACAUACCUGCCUUCAUCGCUCUAAUGGAAAGAGAACCUCAUAUCAAAGUACAGUUUCAAGCCUUACACCUCAUGAUCAUGGCGCUGCCUGAUGCCAACAGAGACACAGCCCAGGCCCUCAUGACAUUCUUCAAUAAAGUGAUUGCCAAUGAAUCAAAAAAUCGAAUGAGUAUGUGGAACAUUUCUACUGUUAUGGCACCAAAUCUUUUCUUCAGUAGAAGUAAACAUUCUGAUUAUGAAGAAUUAGUAUUAGCUAACACUGCCGCCCACAUCAUUCGCUUAAUGCUCAAGUACCAGAAAAUUUUGUGGAAGGUUCCAUCUUUCUUAAUCACUCAAGUAAGAAGAAUGAAUGAAGCCACCAUGUUGUUAAAGAAGCAACUUCCAAGUGUGAAAAAGCUACUAAGGAGGAAGACCAUAGAACGAGAGUUUACAAGCCCUAAGACUUCAAAAUUACUGCAAAAAUCACCCUCUACAAGAAGAGUGUCUGAUGUACCUGAAGGAGUCAUUCGAGUCCACGCUCCACUUCUCUCCAAGGUAUCCAUGGCCAUUCAACUUAAUAGUCAAACCAAAGCCAGAGAUAUAUUGGCAAAAUUUCAAUAUGAGAACAGUCACGGUUCAUCAGAAGAUGUUACGAUCCAAAACCAAAGAUUAUAUGAAAUUGGAGGAAAUAUAGGACAGCAUUGCUUGGAUCCAGAUGCUUAUAUAUUGGAUGUAUAUCAUGUAAAUCCUCAAGCUGAGUGGGUGAUUAAACCCCAGUCAAGUUUUUGAAGUGUUCUCAA